UCAUUUAUAAUAGUUUAGAAUAUAUUUAUUUUUUAAUUAAAGAAAAAAACGGAUGUCCAGAUGGCAUAAACUGCGUAGCAAAUCGAAGAGAACAUCUGUCAUCACUAACCCCAGAUGGCUUUCCUUUGUACACUAUAAAUAGUUUGUAACGCCUUGCUCUCAUGCAUUACAAUAACAACAAGAAAAGAAAAUUCCCAAUUCAUCAAAAAAAUCUUGUUUUCGAAAAUGGUGGUUUCAUCUUAUGAACCAAUUCUUCCAAAUUCUUCAAACUUAUUUAGAACAUGCAAAUCUACCUCUGGUAAUAAUAAUAGUAGUAGUGUUAUUCCAGUGAUUGACAUGUUAGAUCCAAAUGCUAAAUUCCUUAUAACAAAAGCAUGUGAAGAAUUCGGAUUCUUUAAGAUCAUCAAUCACGGUGUUCCUGAUGAAACGAUAAUUAAAUUGGAAAGUGAUGCAGUACAGUUGUUUGAUUUACCACAGUGUGACAAGGACAAAGCCGGUCCUGCUUCCCCUUACGGUUAUGGUAACAAGAGAAUUGGCUCACUUGGCGAUGUCGGUUGGGUUGAAUAUCUUCUAUUGCCGCUAAACGAUGGACUCGUCUCGGAUAAAUCCGUCACCAUUCCUCAAACUCCUCAUCUUUUCUGGUAUGGUCUGAAUAAAUACGUGACAUCCGUUAGAAAUAUAGCAUGUGUUGUACUAGAAAAGAUAGCAGAUGGUUUGAAUAUUGAGCCAAAAAAUGUGCUGAGUAGGAUGCUAAAGAAUGAAAAGAGUGACUCUUGUUUUAGGAUAAACCAUUAUCCACCAUGCACAGAAAUUGAAGCAUAUUUGAAAGGUGGUAGAAAUUUUAUUGGUUUUGGUGAGCAUACAGAUCCACAAGUAAUAUCAAUUAUAAGGUCUAACAAUACAACUGGACUCCAAAUAUCACUUAAAGAUGGUACAUGGGUCUCAGUUCCACCUGAUGAGCACUCAUUUUUCAUCAUUGUUGGAGAUUCUCUGCAGGUACUGACUAAUGGAAGGUUUAAGAGUGUAAAACAUAGAGUCUUGGCAAACAGUGUAAAGUCAAGAUUGUCAAUGAUUUAUUUUGGUGGGCCUCCUUUGAAUGAAAAAAUACUGCCUUUAUCAUCUUUAAUGGAAGAAGGAGAAGAAAGUUUGUACAAGGAAUUUACAUGGCAAGAAUACAAGAAAUCUACCUACAUGACAAAGUUGAGUGCUGAUAGGCUAGGACUCUAUAAAAAGAAUAUUAAAGUACCAUAUGAUAAAAAAUUGCCAAUUUUAGAAAAAAUCAUACUGUAGAAUUUUAUCAUCCAAUAGACAAGUUUGGAAAGAUUUUGGUUUUGGUUGGAAGUCCAAGAUUGUAAAAACCAAGAUUUUUCUUGUUUUGUUUUGUUUCAUCGUCUUGUGUUUUUAAUUUAAAUAACUAUGGUUGUACAAUAAAAUGCCAUGUAAUUGUCAUCGUGU